AGCGCGAGCGGCCCGCCGGUAACGGUCGCCAGGGCGAGUGGCGGGAGGGGAAGGAAGGGGGUUUAAAUUAUUUUUUUAAAAACUGUGAGCGAGAGCCAAAGGCAUCGCGACCCAGGUGUCGCCGCUUCCUGCUGCAGAGGGCUUGGCGCCCAGGUCCCUCCCUUCUCACGCCCCCUCCCCUUCUGCCCUCCCCUCUGGAGCCUCGCGGCGCUUAAGAGGCGGCGGCGGCGGAUCGAGCGGCCGCUGCAGUCCCGGCGGCCGCGGAGAAGGAGGAAGGAAAGCACAAAGCCCGCUGCGCGAAGCGAGCUGCGAGGUAACAAAGGGAGUCCUUCGACUUGAAGCAUGAGUUCAGAUGCCAGCCAAGGUGUGGUCACUACUCCUCCUCCCCCCAGCAUGCCUCACAAAGAGAGAUAUUUUGACCGCAUCAAUGAGAAUGACCCAGAAUACAUUCGGGAGAGGAACAUGUCUCCUGAUCUACGGCAAGACUUCAACAUGAUGGAGCAGAGGAAACGAGUUACUCAGAUCUUGCAAAGUCCUGCCUUUCGGGAAGAUCUGGAAUGCCUUAUCCAAGAACAGAUGAAGAAAGGCCACAACCCAACUGGAUUGCUGGCAUUACAGCAGAUCGCAGAUUAUAUCACGACCAAUUCUUUCUCGGGCUUUACUUCACCUCCUCUCAGUCUCGGCAUGGUCACACCUAUCAAUGACCUCCCUGGGGCAGAUACAUCCUCCUACGUGAAGGGAGAGAAACUUACUCGCUGUAAGCUUGCCAGCCUGUAUAGACUCGUGGACUUGUUUGGAUGGGCACACCUGGCAAAUACCUAUAUCUCCGUAAGAAUAAGUAAGGAGCAAGACCACAUAAUAAUAAUUCCUAGAGGCCUGUCUUUUUCUGAAGCCACAGCCUCCAAUUUGGUGAAAGUCAAUAUCAUAGGAGAAGUGGUUGAUCAGGGAAGUACUAACUUGAAAAUUGAUCACACAGGCUUCAGUCCCCAUGCUGCGAUCUAUUCAACACGUCCUGAUGUUAAGUGUGUGAUACACAUCCAUACCCUGGCAACAGCAGCUGUAUCCUCCAUGAAGUGUGGGAUCCUUCCAAUUUCUCAAGAGUCCCUCUUCCUGGGAGAUGUCGCCUAUUAUGACUACCAAGGGUCACUUGAUGAACAGGAGGAGAGAAUUCAACUACAGAAAGUUCUGGGGCCAAGUUGUAAGGUGCUGGUACUCAGAAAUCAUGGUGUGGUAGCCCUUGGAGAAACGAUUGAGGAGGCUUUUCAUUAUAUAUUUAAUGUGCAGAUAGCCUGUGAGAUUCAGGUGCAGGCAUUAGCAGGGGCAGGUGGAGUAGACAAUCUGCUUGUGCUGGAUCUUCAGAAGUAUAAAUCUUUCACUCAUGCUAUAGCAACAACUGGAGGAGGAGGAGUGAAUAUGGGCUCCCAUCAAAAAUGGAAGGUUGGCGAGAUUGAGUUUGAAGGGCUGAUGAGGACUCUGGAUAAUUUGGGGUAUAGAACAGGCUAUGCUUAUAGGCAUCCUCUCAUUCGAGAGAAGCCUAGGCACAAGAGUGACGUGGAAAUCCCAGCAACUGUGACUGCUUUUUCCUUUGAGGAUGACACAGUGCCACUCUCUCCUCUCAAGUACAUGGCACAGAGACAGCAGCGUGAAAAAACAAGAUGGCUGAACUCACCAAAUACUUACAUGAAAGUGAAUGUGCCUGAGGAGUCUCGGAAUGGGGAAACCAGUCCCAGGACCAAAAUCACAUGGUUGAGAGCAGAGGACUCUUCUAAAGUUAGUAGUGGAACACCUAUCAAAAUUGAAGAUCCAAAUCAAUUUGUUCCUUUAAACACAAACCCGAAUGAGGUACUAGAAAAGAGAAAUAAGAUUCGAGAACAAAACCGGUAUGACUUGAAAACAGCUGGACCACAGUCACAGUUGCUUGCUGGAAUUGUUGUGGACAAGCCCCCUUCUACCAUGCAAUUUGAAGAUGACGAUCAGGCCCCACCAGCUCCUCCCAACCCCUUCAGUCAUCUCACAGAAGGCGAGCUUGAAGAGUAUAAGAAGACAAUCGAGCGUAAACAGCAAGGCCUGGAAGAUGCUGAGCAGGAAUUACUCUCAGAUGACGCUUCAUCUGUUUCACAAAUUCAGUCUCAAACUCAGUCACCGCAAAAUAUCCCUGAAAAAUUAGAAGAAAACCAUGAGCUAUUUUCCAAGAGCUUCAUCUCCAUGGAGGUGCCCGUCAUGGUGGUGAAUGGCAAGGAUGAUAUGCAUGAUGUUGAAGAUGAGCUUGCGAAGCGAGUGAGUAGAUUAACCACAAGCACGACCAUAGAGAACAUCGAGAUUACCAUUAAGUCUCCAGAAAAAAUUGAAGAAGUCCUGUCACCUGAAGGCUCCCCUUCAAAAUCGCCAUCCAAGAAAAAGAAGAAAUUCCGUACUCCUUCUUUUCUGAAAAAGAACAAAAAAAAGGAGAAAGUUGAAGCCUAACUUAACUCUUUUUAUAAUUAUUAUUAUUACAAUGUGACAUUGCACAUUUAAAUACCACACUUAAGUUGAUAAUUAAUAUGCAGUGGUAGAGAAGACUGGGGGUAUGUAGCAAACUGGACUUUAAGAACUGGAAAGGGAUUUUACUAAAAGAAAAACAUAUUAUGAAAAGAACUUCAAAUUCAUCUCUCAUUUUGUAUGUCCAAAAAAGGUUUUGAAUUUUUGAAUAAUUGCUGGUUUUAGUUAGCUCUGCCCUCAUGAAGUAUUACUAUAAUUCACCACAAACAGAUAUCUGUCUGAAUUACUUCAGGCCUUCUCCACAGUAUCUGUUGGAAACGAAAUACCAGUGCACAAGUGAGAGAAUUUUUAUUUCUCAACACCUGCUUCACUGGGUAAUCAGAUUAUAAUUUUUUACCACGAUUAUUGACUGUACCUUUUGCGUUCCCAUUGUUUCAGUGGGCAUUAACAGAACGCUUUAAAAGCUUCUAAGAAUCUAUAGCAUUAGUAUACACUGGCACAGAAUUUUUUUAAAAAAAAAUUUAAGAAAAGAUUCAUCUGGAAUUUUAUUCAUAGUAUAAAACUUCCUCACCUGAAGUAACUUUCUUUGCCAAAAAAAAAGAAAUCAUUUUAGUAAACUAUAAUUUUUGAAAACUUCCUUUUUUAUUAGUUGAGAAAGCCCCUUAUUUUUCAACAAAGGGGAUUUUGUACACGUACAUGGGUUAUUUAGUUUAACUCUGGCAAAAACGAUUUUUGUAUGUUGAGAUGUUUGUAUACCAUUCAAUAUAAAAGCAUCAUAAGCAUAUUAGCCAAUCAUAUAACAGUAGAGCAUAUUUGAAGCUGCUUCGUACUAAGUAUGCUUAAAUCUAAUUCAAGAAUCCAGGCACUUGGUAUCUAAAGGAGAUUAAAGCAUUUCAAGGUAUAACUAGAUUCACAUUUGAACCUUAUAAUGUAUUUUUCUCUUAGUAUUGCUAAUGAAUGAAGAUGGUCUCAUGAGGGAAACAAAUGAAAAGGAAGAGAGAAAGUGAAAAAUGAAGGGAACAAAAGCGGUGUCAUGCCAAGAAUUCUAGUUUGAUGAAGACCCACAGUCACGAUAGGAUUUGAAGCAUAGGUUUAUUUGGAACAUGUCCCAGAUUUCUAAAAUUCUGCUUCUCUGCCAAAAUCAUCGUGUUUCUUGGUUUCCUUUUAACUUCUGUAUCUUUAGAAGCAGCAUUAGAAGAAAUCAGUGGGUCUGAUCCCCCAACGAGAAAACCUACCACUUCUUGAUUUUUACAAAAUUUUCUCACCUUAUUUCAGUUAACCUUCUUUCUAAUGUAAAUACAAAUUUAAACCUAGACUUAAUAUAGUUUUCUCCCCUUCACCGAAGUGAUGUCACAAAUCAAUGUAAAAUCGAUGAUCCGAAAUGGUCAGUGGGUGAAAAUAAUCCAAAGUGUUUCUGGAGGAUGAGUUGGCGUGUCAAAAUCACAUGACACAUGACAGUGCGUUCUGGAGCAGCUGGCUCUGUUUGGCCGUAUGUGUACGAUGAUGCAAAGCUGAAACGGAGCCUGGAAAUUUCAUUCUGGAUCUCACUAACUACUGGAAUCAGUGUUUUAAUCUCUUAGCAGAAACUUUCAGUUGCUUACUUCUGUAUUUGAGGAUUUUUUUUUAUGUUCUACAUCAUUUAUGUUGUAUUACAACGUAUGUAGAAACAGUAACCUGUGAACUAUGCUUUUCCAUAACUUUUUAAAUAUAUAUAUAUCUUAAAUGAAUGCAAUGUGCAUAAAUAUUUUUUAAACGCAACAGUGAACUAUUUGCACCUUUUGCUAAUGCCUCUAUUUACUUGCUUUGGCAUAAAGAAUGAGCCAAUGAACCUCUGUGUCCUGUGGAAAAUGUAUAAAUGUUAUCUGAUAUUGCUCUUAGAUGUAAUGCUAAUUAAUGUUAAAUCACAAAUAAACAGUAUUUUAAAUAGA